CACCCAUAGCUGCCAGAAUAUGAUCGCUCAGGUGACUCUGUUGUUGGUCGUCUCGACCGUGGCUCUGGCGGGAGGACACGGCGGCUACGGUCAUCACGGAGGAUCCAGCAAAACGUACAGGAAACAGAAUGACCACGGCCACUACAGCUUCGGCUACGACAUCGUCAACGGUUACGGCGCCGUCAAUGGCCGCCACGAGACCGGCGCGGCGUACGGCCCCGUGCACGGCUCGUACUACCUGGGCGACAUCGACGGCCGCCACAGGCAGGUGCACUACGUAGCCGACAAGUGGGGCUUCCGAGCCAUGGUGAAGACCAACGAGCCCGGAACCAAGAGCAGCCUGCCGGCCGCCGCUCCCUAUCACUCGGCCCACGGAAAGACAGUGCCCGCCUACGGUCACGGUGGAUACGGUGGAUAUGGCGGAUAUGGUGGAUAUGGAGGAUACGGUGGCUACGGAGGCUAUGGAUACUACGGCUAGGAUGUUGUCUUCGUUUUUCUAGUGCUUCCACGUCUCCCUUCGAUGUUCUUCUCUCGUGCACCUUCCUUGUCAGCAGCUCCUGUGGCUUGUGGCUAUAGUUCUUCACUUCCCCUUGUUCUUUCAGCAUAUAUGUAAACCAAAGAAAAAUGUAAGAAAGCCCCAAAGAACUGAAGACCUUACGUGCGCUUGCCCAUGUCAAGACGAUGACUUUUUCCUAAAUGUGCUCUCUUAAUUUCUACGCUAUUUCUGCUUCUCCGCCUGUUUGCUAUUUCUGACGUUUCAUCUCUCCAGGUUCUCCGUUUUCGCCUAAAGCUUUUCUCUACCUCCGGUGCUCUAUCUUCGCUUGUUGUGCAAGAAUGCUGUGUAAAUAAAUGUACAAUGUCCACGGAUCACA